CUUAAAACCACAGUUCCGGUCAUAUCUAAUGGUAUUCCAAAUUUCAUCAUUUAAUGCUAAGAAAUGUCCGCCAAGUGGCAGAGAUUGCGCCUUUCGAAUCGAGGGGUAAUACCUCCACUUCUUUUCAAAUAUUCCUCAACAUCAAAAGGCUACGAGUUGUACAUUACUGAUCUUACCAACAUCUGGUCUGAACAUUUGACCCGCCAAGAUAUCCUGAGAAGAGCUGAUGAGGAUGACUCCACAAUCGAUCCGACCGAGGACACGGAACAGUUUGGAGUCCUCCUGCAAAAGAUAGAAGACGCACUGUGUAGCCAGCCAGGAAGCACCGUGGCCUUGAAUCAUAGCUCAGGAGACUUGCUGGAGCUAACUACAUCUACCAAACUGCCAGCUCCACUUCAGCCUUUGAAGUGGGCUGCACGUCUCUCCAAGGAGCCGCACUCUGCCGUUACUGGCCAACUGCUGCUUCCCCUCAUAAAGGCGGAAGCUGACUGGGAGUCGCACCAGCGAACCCUCAUUGAUCAACUGCAUAGGAAAGACUGGAUUCUCGCGAAGCUCUUCGAUAAGAUCGAAACUGUGGGCAUCGAUCUAAGUACUAUAUUUCCUGGUAUCUCUGGCUUACGGACGGGUCAGAAAGGCAUAACGCUAGCCCAGGCCGCCAAACAUAUAAAAGGUGUUGCGCCUUUCGACGAAAAAGCAUGGCUUGAGGAUGUCAGUGCGUCAGCUUCUGCAUCUGGUCUUGCCGCUAAUAUUCUGGCGGAGGUUUCCAAUUCUAACGGCCCAAAUCGAUCGAGAGGUCUUGAACUACCACCAGACAAGUGGUGGGAGAAACUUACUGUAACUAAGACUACUUCGGCCUCUAUACGAGAAGAAGGCGAACCGAAAAAAGGACGCGAGCCUCCUAAAGAUGUGUUGGAAACCGAUACUGAUACGGCUACUGAAACAGAGGAUGACGAGUUUGAACGGCAAGAAACGCCCCCAAGAUUGAAGCAAUUCAAGAGCGGCGAGAAAACCCCCAUCAACAUUGAGCAGGAUGAAGACCUCGGAAAAACUCCUUCAAAUGAACCAGCACCUCUGCCAAGGCAGAAAAGCUCUGCAAAACUAUCAGGAGGUCUGGGGGUUAUCGGUGGGAAAAAACAAACUAGACCGCCCCAGCCCUUACCAUCUACGCUCGCACCACAAUUAGCCGACGACCAAACAGAUUCAGGGUCUGACCAUGAAAGUGUGGCUUUAGCACCAACCUCACCAACGAAGCCUAAACCAAAGUUGUCAGAUAAAGCGCAGGGUAAAUCGCGAGGAUUGGGAGUCAUCGGUAGUAAGAAGAAACCAAGGCAAGCUACCCCUAGUGAGCCUCGAUCUUCACCAACGAUAGAAUCCCCAAGUACAACAGACCAGCCACCUCCCGCAACAUCUCCUUUGAUAGAGACUAGAACGAAGAGAGUUGGUAAACUUGGUGUGAUAGGAGGCAAACCCUCAAAAAGUGAUGCGACUACUACUUUGACACGUCAACCAGAGGAGGGCAACGUUGAUUUCUCUAGGGAGAUGUCAAACCACAGUUCUGAACCACCAAGGUCUCCAUCGGCUGAACGACGACAGCCAGUGACAAUGGAACAGCCAGGGAGAGAGGAAGUAGGUCAGGAAAGAGCGGAUAGGAUGCGCGAAGAAUUAAAGAGACAGCUGGAGGCAAAGAGUAAAGCCCCAGCUAAGAAGAAGCGGAAAUUCUGAGUUCUUUUUCUUUCUCCUUCUGAUAGGCUGUUGUGUGAAUCAAUCAGUAACUACUGUACAUUUGAGGGCAUCUUGGAUCACGCGACAGUUUAUUACGGGAAUAUUUGGCAAUGCCCAGGUGUAGAUUUAUUUACAACACUGCAAUAUGUUAUUAGUAUAUCUUAAACCGUAAAAUUCCGCAAGCAAAGAUUAGAUUGAUGGUAUCUUUGGG